ACGGAAACUGUGAAGAGGAGCCAACAUGGCUGACAGGUUAACGCAGCUUCAGGAUGCUGUGAACUCCCUGGCGGAUCAGUUCUGUAAUGCUAUUGGAGUUCUGCAGCAGUGCGCACCGCCGGCUUCCUUCAGCAACAUACAGACGGCUAUCAAUAAAGACCAGCCCUCAAACCCCACAGAAGAAUAUGCUCAGCUGUUUGCAGCCCUGAUAGCAAGAACAGCGAAAGAUGUUGAUGUGCUGAUCGACUCUCUGCCCAGUGAAGAAUCCACCGCUGCACUGCAGGCCGCCAGUCUGCGGCAGCUGGAAGAGGAGAACCAGGAAGCUGCAGCACGUCUGGAGGAGGUGGUUUACAGAGGAGACGUCCUGCUGGAGAAGAUCCAGACGGCGCUAGCAGACAUCGCUCAAUCACAGCUCCGCACCCGCAGCGGAGCCCCGAGUCAGCAAACGCCUCCAGAAUCCUGACAGACAAAUACAACAACAUGAACUAUAGCGUCGGGACACAGCAGGGAUUUUAUACUCAUCCUACAUCACUACUUCUGGACUAAAGAAAGCUGAUUUCCCAUCGCAUGUGUUUAUUGUGUGACCUCUGACCUCUGUUUUCUACCUUGUGUAAUGUUCAGCAUCCAUCAGCGCAUUUCUACCAUUCAUAGUCAGCUUCUGGGUACGUUUUGUAAAUUAAAUGUUUGGUUUUUUUGUCGAUAUUUCCUCACCAGCAUUAUGCUGAUACUCUUGUUUUGAAAGACAUUUGUGUUUAACAAAUAAAAAUAUAUUGUAUGACA